GUGGAUUUCCUAGUGAUUGUGAAGAUUGAAUACUAUUAGAUCAAAAAAAAAAAAGAAAAAGUAGAACGAACACAAGUGUUGUCAAUAUUUAGCCAAGCCGAGAGAACGGAUUACUGAAAGAUAUGGCUGUGUCGGCUCUCAACAUGACUCCCUACUUUGCUGGAUAUCCCUUCCAAGGACAAGGUCGGGUAAAUCAGCUUGGAGGCGUUUUCAUCAAUGGCCGUCCAUUGCCGAAUCACAUUCGUCGCCAAAUCGUCGAGAUGGCAGCAGCUGGGGUCCGUCCGUGCGUGAUCUCUCGCCAGUUGCGUGUCUCCCAUGGCUGUGUCUCCAAGAUCCUCAACCGCUUCCAAGAGACCGGCUCCAUUCGCCCUGGUGUGAUCGGCGGCAGCAAGCCACGUGUGGCCACACCCGACAUCGAGACCAGGAUCGAGGAGCUGAAGCAAGCGCAGCCCGGCAUCUUCAGCUGGGAAAUUCGCGCCAAGCUGAUCGAGGCCGGGAUCUGUGACAAACAGAAUGCCCCCUCAGUCAGCUCCAUUUCGCGCUUGCUGCGCGCCACCUCGGGCUCCGGAGCCUCCCACAGCAUUGAUGGCAUCCUCGGGGGUGGCGCUGCCUCGGCGGGCAGCGAGGACGAGAGCGAGGAUGACACCGAGCCCAGUGUGCAGCUGAAGAGGAAGCAAAGGCGCUCGCGCACCACUUUCUCCAACGACCAGAUCGAUGCCCUCGAGCGCAUAUUCGCUCGCACCCAGUACCCAGAUGUCUAUACACGGGAGGAGCUGGCCCAGAGCACCGGCCUGACCGAGGCCCGUGUCCAAGUCUGGUUCUCCAACCGUCGUGCUCGUCUGCGCAAGCAACUGAACACCCAGCAGGUGCCCAGCUUCGCAUCCACAGCCACUUCCUAUGGAGCCACAGCCUCAGCCGCCUCUGCCACAGCUCCCAGCAUGGGAAUGAGCUUGUACAGCUCCCAGGCGUGGCCCGCAUCGGGUGCGGCCUAUGAGACGCAUGCUGCCUAUGGCGGCUCGGUGGCCUCCAUGUCGCCAGCCAGUAGCACGGGCAGCAGCUCCGCCGCCCACAGUCCCAUUCAGUCGCAGGCUCAGCAUCCGGCCAGCGGCAACGAUUUCAUGAGCUCCACCUACUCCAUGGGAUCGGCCAGUGCUGCGUACUCGGCAACUGGCUCCGCCGGAGCCUACACAAUGCCCUCAACUGCAGCCACAUCCGCUGAGCAACUCCGCUCGCAGUUCGCCUCCGCCGCCGCUUCUGGCUCGCAUCACCCCUCCUCGUGGGACAGCUACAACUUUGCUGGGUCCUUCUUCCCCUCCAGUGCUCCCACGGCCAACCACAUGGGCGGCUACCACCACCAUCAGGUGGAGCAGAAGAGCUCCAUGGUCCCGGCUGCUCCAGCCUACCCGUACUUUGGCUUCUAAGAACAGAAUGGCCGCCAUGGCUGGCUCUACGGAAUUGGAAAUUUAAUUCGAUAUUCGUCGUUUAAACAAUUAUUGUUUUAUUACUUUACUUCUAAUCUACUGGUAGCAUUAUCUUGUGUAAAGACCCUAAGACUGUUUAUAAAUAUUUUCAAUGCCUAGUAAAUUUAAGCAAAAA